AUGGAGCACACGACUCGAUGUCCGGAUGGGACGUGGCUGCAUGAAACUCAUGAUGAGUGUCACUUGGAAAAGGCACCGAACAAAACGAGGUUCUGCAGGAGGAUAACAAUAUUCUUGCUCAGCUCUCCAACCAAGCACGUUGCAUCCCAUGCAGGGGCAGGUGCCGUGGCUAUUGCUGCCCACCAGGCACUCCCUACUGCGUUUGGGCUCGUGGCCGCUGCUGGUGUCCGCGCCGCUAAACAGGUUCGACCUCGCGGCAUUGCAUGGCUCUGCAGUAUGACAUGA